AUGCCCUCCGGUGGCCUCUCGAGCCGGAGCGGUUUCAACAUCACCCUCGCCGGCCUCGCCAAACCCGGCGGCCGGGAUCCUGUUCACAGCGUCGUUGGUGGCAUCCAUAGCUGGAUACAUCUAGUCGACUUCGUCCAAAGCAACGGCUCUGCGCGCAUCUGCAGCGUCGACAUCGAAUUCGACCAAAUCGACGGCCCAACAUUCUCGAGCAUCAUCCACUUGCGUGAUUUUGUCGACACCAUUACCGACGAUUCGACUCGGGACGCUCCGAAUUACGCCGAGAUCCGCGCGGACAUCAACAUCUUCGACGAAGACGGCUUUUACAGUCCUGAUAUCAUCGCCGAGCCGAUUCGCACCCGCAUCCACGUCUAUAUGACGCGAGACGAACGAGACCUAUACCUUCCCAACACCUUAUUUUAUGCCGAUGGCCGCUUCUCGACGGUCCUUUCCGCAGACGGAGAUGUAGCCGACUUCGACGAGUACCGCCGCCACUUGCCAGAACAAUGGUGCCCCAUGGUGACCGUCAUAGGCUCGGUCCGCACCGGUGACGACAGCUGUCCUGAGCCUUCGGAGCCACGGCAUUUCACCGUCGAAACAUCCGUUUAUGAUGCUUCAAAGGCCGCUCCGGUGCAGUUCUUUGUGGCUUACUUUCUGGAAAACACCAGACGCUGGCAGAAGGUUAAGACGCCACCGUCGGGCGCCUUUCUCAGCGCCACCGCGAAGAUCGCUGGCCGCACUGCUCACACGAAUCGUCUGGCCCUUCGCGUCCUCGACCUAACGUACCUGCCAAGACCUCCCUCGGCCGCGCCCGUAUCAACGACCCCAGAAAUAACCCGUACCAGACACGACCUCCCUCACACAGGGAACUCCCCAGACUCCGCGUCUGUCCCAGCUCCUCCACCAACCGCUGCUCGUUCUGGCGACUCCCUUCUCAGCUCAGCCCGGCCUCUGACGUCGGAGAGUGGGCCUCGACCGCAUCGCAGCCGCCAUCUUCCGAAGAAAUACGCAGAAUUGGAGCAGACCGCAGUGAACCGAAUGGAGUCCUAGGAUACGUAGAUAUCAAAUUUAGCCCUCUUCAACACGAAAC